CUGUCGAACUGCGACUGUGCAGUCGCGUCGCCCGCUGAUGACGUCGCAGACAGAGGAGGUGCGGGUUUGCCACGUCGGUCUCUGUGCAAAGCGUUUACACUGUUGCUCCUGAAGCCCGCGGCUAACUUUUAAAGCCGUGUUUUCUUCUGUGUUCAACCCCGGAGAGAGAGAAAAGCGACACCGUCCAGCACCGCCGCAGCCCGUCGUCGACCCGGCCGUGCAGCCGGGGUUUGUUGCAGCUGGACGGCUACAGGAGAAAAUGCUCGGUGCUGUCUGGACCCGUCGGGCUGGACGCCACACAACUGACUGACUGAUGCAUCCUCGUCCACUGCACCCCGCCGUGUGUUGUUGGCCUGGCUGUACAUGGUGGCACGUUAAGGAGAAGGCGAGGACUCCCGACGGCUGUUGGUUGGUGGGCGGCGUCCGUGGUUGCCACGGUAACUGGCGACCAUGCCAGGGGGUCGCAGGGGUCCCAGCAGACAGCAGCUAAGUCGCUCUGCUCUGCCGUCCCUGCAGACUCUGGUUGGAGGCAACCUCGGCAAUGGCACAGGCCUCAGGAACAGGAGCAGUAACGUGGUCGGUCUGUCCGCCCCUCUUUCGGCCCUCAUUACUCCGGAGCCGGUCCGUCACUCGAGGAUCCCCGAGCUGCCGUUGGACAGCGGCCUGCUGUUUGAGUUCCUGCUCUUCCUUUAUUUGCUGGUGGCCUUGUUUGUCCAGUACAUGAACAUCUACAGGACGGUGUGGUGGUACCCAUACAGUCACCCCGCUGCCUCUACCUCGCUUAACUUUCAUCUAAUGGACUACCACCUGGCUAUCUUCAUCACAGUCAUGUUGGCCAGGAGGCUCGUUUGGACUAUUGUAUCAGAGGUGUCUCAGAGCAGCGGCGGAUCACUGCUCCGCUAUGUGGUUCUGAUCGCAGCUCGGCUCAGCCUGCUGACCAUGUGCGGCUGGGUGCUCUGCUGGACGCUGGUCAACCUCUGCAAGAACCACUCGGUGCUCAACCUCCUCUUCCUGGGAUACCCAUUUGGUGUGUACGUCCCACUUUGCUGUUUCCACCAGGAGGGGGGGAAAAGCCAAACGGUGCCGGCUGACUGCGAUUAUCCCGCCGACCACCAGCAGACCGACCUCACAGAGAGCCCGUACUUUCGACCACGUGACUUCCUCUUCUUGUUGCGAGAGAACCUUAGAGAGCAGUUUUCCAGUCCGCCGCACAUGCCUAGGCACACCUGCCCGCCACACACACACACUCACACACCGGAGUUGAUUCGAGCGGAGGUGGAGGAGCUGAAGAGCGACUUCAACCGGCGAAUAAAGGAAGUGCUGUUCAACUCGCUGUUCAGCGCGUACUACGUAGCCUUCCUGCCUCUCUGCUUCGUUAAGAGCACCCAGUACUAUGACAUGCGCUGGUCAUGUGAGCAUCUGAUCAUGGUGUGGAUCAAUGCGUUUGUCAUGCUGAUGAGUCAGCUGCUGCCCCCGAGCUACUGCGACCUGCUUCACCGCUCCGCAGCUCACCUGGGCCGCUGGCAGAAACUGGAGCACGGCUCGUACAGCAACGCACCUCAGCAUGUGUGGUCAGAAAGUACCAUUUGGCCUCAGGGGGUGUUGGUACGACACAGUCGAUCUCUGUAUAAGGCGGUCGGACCUUAUAAUGUCGCUCUGCCCUCUGAUGUUUCCCAUGCAAGGUUUUAUUUCCUGUUCCACAAACCAUUGCGGAUCCUAAACCUGCUGAUCUGGAUCGAGUCCAGCGUGGUUUUGUACCAGUUAUACUCUCUGCUGCGCUCCGAGCGCUGGAACCACACUUUGUCUCUGGGCCUUAUUCUCUUCUGCAACUACUAUGUGCUUUUUAAACUGCUCCGAGACCGUAUUGUGCUGGGCAAAGCCUACUCCUACCCUCUGUCCUCCAGCAGUCUGGGGCUCAAGUCGCAGUAACGGCUCUGCACAGCGAGACCUCACCUAUGAACUCUGGAUGGAGGUCUGCUAAAGGGUGGACUAGCACUCCCGCUUGGAGGCCACGGGACAGACUGUAAACUCACAAUCGUGUUUUGAUACGGUUCUAUUUUUAAUGCAAUGUUUAUAUAUACCUAUUUAAAGAAUAUUUUUAUUUUGUAUACUAUUUCGAGUAACGCCGGGCAUUACCACACUGACGACAUUAGCAUGUUGUGUUAUGUUGUUGCUAGGCGACAGGGAAGUCAGGGAAUGCCAGGAGGUGACUCUCACCAAAGAUAUUUUAAGUGCAGGUGGCCAAUCACAGAGAGGACUUGGCCUGUCAGUCAAAACAGACGAGAACAGCGGAAAAGGUUGUGCCUGAGAUCCUGAAUCCUAAAUGGGCUGUUCUGCUUCAACCCCGAGGCUUUAAUCUAGAACCAGUAAAAACUGAUGCAGCUCUUUGGGGUAGCAGGACGCCAUCACCGUCACUGCUCUCAGCAGCUUCAGCAUGUCUUCAUUGGUGACUUUAAAGUUAAACAUUUUGGCAAAUACGCUUAUUUGCUCUCAGGUGGAGAGUGUGUCCAUCAAAUAUGAGGCCACAGCAGUCAAGGGUUAGCUUAAUGUCAGCACAGAGAUUAGAAACGAGGAAACGUCUAUCUUUGCUCUGUCAAAUGAUAAAAAAAAUCUGCCUUCCGGCAUCUCUAAAACUCAAAGAUUAGCACGUUAUGUCUUGUUUGUUUAAUUAGAAUAAAGAUUGAAGUGUGAAAACAACGUUUGUUGGUUUUAAAGGUGUGCCAGGCUAUUUCUUGACGCUGAGCAGUUGCCAGGCAACCACAGAGACUCCAGGUAAAUUACAUGGCCGGCCAAGAAAAUGUCUGGCUUAUAACCCCCCCCUUUCAAAACAGCAAAUUGUUGUUUUCACAAAUGUUGAUUUUUGUUUGAAUGAAAACACAAGCAGUAUAACUUGUUUGUUACUGUUAGAUAGAGCCGGGCUAGCUGUUUUCCCCCGUUUCCAGUCUCUAUGCUAAGCUAAGCUAACCAGCUGCCUGCAGUAGCUUCAUAUAUAAUGUGCAUAUAAGAGAGUGGUAUAGCUUUUCCCUUCAAAUUGUCAAACUUUUGGUUGCAACAUAGUCUCAGUGUGGAUUUUUUUUUUUUUACCGCCAAGUGGAGUAAACAUUUCCUACAAACUGACUUGAGAUCUGUUUGGAGGAAAAACACUUGAGCUACUCUUCUCCACUGCCUCUGCAGAGGAUGUUGCAUUCUUCCUCAUUCACUUUUGUUACCAUCACUAUCAGCAUCUGCUUAUUUCACAUCAUUGGCUAUCUGAAUGGCAGUUACAACAGCAGUCUUUACAAACUUACACCGGGGUCUCAACAAGGGAGAGGGGGCUGAGGUACUAUGGGCAUCUUUAAACUCAAAGCACAAUCAAAAAUGUAAAGAAAAACCAACAGCUUGACCCUGGCUGUUUUUAUCUUGUCAUACAGCCCUACGUGAAGUUUGAAGGGCUGCUGCUGUAACCUGGUGAUGAUUAAAGUCAACACACUGAUGCCUGACAACACUCUGACUUGCUAUGACAUAGCGUAUGCCUCAUUUGUGUUCUUCAAGGUGAUCCUGUCAAUUUUUUACAAUAUUUUUGGUGCCUGAAGGCCCAAACCAUAAUGGUAUUGAGGACCAUACCACAUCAGGUCCAUCUCUUAGUGGAUUGGAUGUAGAUUACAGAACAUUUGUGGCUAAUAAUAAAGAUUUCCUUUGGUACAUCCAGGGACCUAACCCUUCUCCUACUGCAAAUACGUCAUAUUGUCAUGCCGCUCUCAAUUGGAUUAGACAGCAGAGGAUGUUUAUUAGUCACAUUUCCAUCGGUGAUGUAUACAUAAUCAAAGGCUGGAGGGUGAAGACUAUGUGUCUCUUCAUUACCAAUUCAUGUAUUCUCAGUUACCAGAAUGGUGUUACAAAUAGGUUGCCUUGCAUGUUGUUGCCUUGUUAAGUUACACCUGGCUAAAAUCCUUUUACUCUCAAGUGGGUUCCUCCUUACGAGCCUCCUCUCCUCUUACCGGCUCUAGCCUGAAGUCGGUGUAUUACUUGGAGCAGUAUUUAAGAUUGGGGUCGGUUGACUGUUCAGUAUUAAGAUGGUGAUUAACGGGAGAAAAAAAAGAUCGAUAUUUCCUGUGCAGUCAUGAAUUAGCCGCUUCAGUCAAGUUUCAGGUUGAGUGAUGAGGUGGAGGAAAACACCUUUUGAGAUGAGCCAGCGUGUGCACAUCUGGAUCACCGGUGCUGCUCAGUUCUUUAGAAGAAGUGUGAGCAAUCCCUUGAUUACACAUAAAUGCCAUACACAUGUCCAUUAUUCUGCUUCAACGGCCCUUAAAUCAGCUCUCUUUUGCUUCUGUUUUGUUUCUGGUCAUUUUCCACUUGAAUGUAGGACAUUUUUUCGACUGAAUGUUGCUGUUGACCUGAAAUGACAUGUUUUUGAGGUUAGUAGCCUCUGAUUGAGUACCAUCACAUAUUUUUUCUUAGGGGUGAACAGUUAUGUCACCUUUAACCUCGCCCUUAUCUCAAUGACACAUAAAUCCUGCUUCUAUGUCAGUUCUUACUUGAAUGUCUUUGCUCAAGUGGGGCAUUCAAUUUUCCUUCUUUUGUUGUGAUGAAACACAUAUGAUCACAGCUGAUAAAGUGGAAUGAGAUUUGAAAAGAUUUAAGGUUCACCUCUUGACAACAUUGCCCUAAUUAGUAAGACUGAUUCCGAUGAUGUCGAUCAAUGUCUGUUGGGUCGAUUUGGGGUUGCAGAGUUUGUUUUCCAUGUGCCAUAUCCCAGGAUGCAGACUCUUGGUUUAACUUGUCGUUGAAUGUGUCACUGCUGGAGAAGUCUUUGGAGCUGGUCCUCAUAUUUCAGCUUUUUACACUGCGCAGUUUCCCCACAGCAUUUAUAAAAAUGCCUUUG